GUCUAGUUGGGAAGGGAAACAACAACACUACACUACACACACACACACACACACACGCACGCACGCACACACACACACACACACACACACACACAACGCAUACACGGAAGAAGCACACACUUCUUAUUUCUCUUACAUGCUUUUAAGAGCUGGCGACAAAGAAAGCUGCAGCUUCGCCUCAAUAUGGCGCUGUGGAUGCAGAUUUCCCAGAAGCUCCCUUAUUUAUCCAAUGAGACCAUGGUGGAGCUCUACCCCACAGACACAUUCCCCAUAGACGUCAGGCACUACCUGGCCAGCUGGAUCGAGGAGCAGAGAUGGGAGGACUUCGAUGUGGAGAACCGGGAGCAGGAACCUCAGGCUCUCCUACUGCUGGACCGAAUGCUGGAGCUGCUGCAGGAAGUGGUGUACCAAAACCCCAAUGUGGUGGAAAAGGUCAAGCUCCAGCACAUCUGCAGGAACAUGGGCAUGUUUCACUCACAGCCUUUGGAACUGGUGAGGACAGUGAGGGAUAUUCUGAGGAAAGAGAGACACUUGCUUCGACAGCCCGUCCAGAUCUUUCAACCAAUGCCUGCACCUAUUAACGGUACCCCACAGCACUCCAGAGAAGCCAGCAGCCAUGAUGUGGACAACCUGGUGAUGAAGGUAUUGGAGAUUCAGAGCUGCCGUCAGCAAAUCCACCAACUCCAGGAAGAGCUCAACUGGGAGAAGCAAGAAGCAGAUCCCAUGCAGGGUCCAAAUGAGAUGGAGGUGAAACAGCAAGAUCAGGUCAACAAACAGAAGCGCAUAGCACAGCUGGAGUGGAAAUAUCAAAACUUUACGAAGUCACGUCUGCAGCUGCUGCAGGAGGCAGUGUGUAAUCUGGAGCAGUGCCAAAGUCGUCUCAUCCACCGUAUUAAGUCUUGGCGCUGGGAGCAGCUCCGCUCCACCAUUGGACGCAGCUUCGAUGAAAAUCUCCUCCCUCUGCAGACUUGGUGUGAACAGCUGCUAGGGGUCAAUGGAAAUUUGAGACAGGAGCUGAUGCUGGUCAAAAGGGAUCACGGAAGUGCCGAGCCCAUUCACAAGCUGGAGGAAAGCCUGAACCGUCUUCUGCAGACUCUCAUCCAAAGCUCCUUGGUGGUGGAGAAGCAGCCUCCUCAAGUGAUUAAAACCCAGUCCAAGUUCUCCAGUACUGUGCGCUAUCUUCUGGGAGAGAAAGUGGCUCCUGGCAAGCCGGUGCUCCUGAAGGCGCAGAUCAUCACUGAGUCACAAGCCAGAAACAUAGGACAAGGGCUUAUACCAAAUGAGAACGUAGGAGAACUGAUUAACAGCACCGCCAUCUUAGAACACAACACAACCAGCAAGAGCACAUGUGCGACAUUCAGGAAUAUGUCCAUCAGGAAGAUCAAGCGGGCAGACAGGAAGGGCUCGGAGUCAGUAACGGAGGAGAAGUUUGCUUUGCUUUUCACUACAGAGAUAACCAUCACGGGCUGUGACAGUCCUUACAGUGUCCAGGUGAUCUCACUUCCCGUUGUUGUAAUCGUACACGGCAGUCAGGAGAACAAUGCUAUGGCAACCAUCAUUUGGGACUGUGCGUUCUCUGAACCUAACAGGAUCCCGUUCGUGGUACCGGAUCGGGUGCCCUGGAGUCAGAUGUCUGAGGCUCUGAGCUCUAAGUUCAUGUCUGAGGUGCAGACCACACACGCGUUAGACAGAGUCAACUUGCACUGCCUCGCUCAGAAGAUCUUUGACAAGACCGAUAAUUCCGAGGACUUCAGCAACGCACCGGUAUCCUGGGCUCAGUUCAACAAGGAAGUUCUGCCUGGGCGAAACUUCACCUUCUGGCAGUGGUUUGAGGGAGUGAUUGAUCUGACCAAAAAAUGCCUAAAGGCCUACUGGAGCGAUGGACUCAUCCUGGGCUUCAUUGGGAAGCAGCACCUUCACGUCAUUUUGCAGAACCAACCGAGCGGCACGUUUCUGCUGCGCUUCAGUGACUCUGAAAUUGGCGGCAUCACCAUCGCCUAUGUCGGCCUCAGUGAUGCUGGAGGCAGGAAAAUCCAGAACAUCCAACCAUUCACCAAAAAAGACCUGGACUCUGUCGGCCUUGGCGAUCGUAUUCGGGACAUCAGUCUGAUCUCACAAGUAUAUUCACAUGGACUGGGACACACUCCACAACUAACGCCAAAAAAUGAAGCAUUUAAGAAAUAUUAUACUGUUCCGUCUGCGCCAAACCCGGACGGAUACCUGCCCUUCAAGCUCACCACUGUGGUGGACCAGGAGCCAGGAACUGUCAUGAUGCCUCCAGCUGAACCAAUGCAGGACUUCCAUGUGCCCCAGGAUAUGUUUGGUAUGCGAACUCCUGUCUCUCUCCCCACGACUCCGUUUGCUCCUUCGUAUCCCGAAGCCCCCAUGUCCAGCCAAGGAGAGAUGUACCCUAAUCUCCUCUACAGCAAUAACAUGACACCAGAAGCAUCAAGUAACAUGGAGCUGGAGGAUAUUCUGUCCGAUUUGAACACUCAGUUAUGAUACGAAAGACUGCCGCCUGCAGCAGGAGCCCCGCACUGAUCCAGAAGCAGAGCAUUACAUGCAAAAACACACGCUAACAUGCUUUGGGGCAUAAGAUGAAUUAGUAAGCUCCCUGGGGACGGAACUUGGCAUGUUGUUGUUUGUAUUAAGGGUAUCCAAGUGGCCUGCUACACUAAGGAUGUACAGAACAGUGCACACUCUUUAGCCUGAACUUUAUUUAUCACAGCUGUGAUAUUUAAGUUUGGGUUAUACACGCAGGCUUAAAGGCACAAUUAAAAGGCUAAAUUAACAUAUCGAACGAAUUUGUCUCAACAGUAGCCGACGUGGAUGUGAAUAAUGAAGCCUAAUGGCGGCUGUCGGUUUGUUCCACACUAGGCAUGCAUGUUGUUUACUCCACUUUCGUACAGUUCGUCCAGCUGUGUGACCUUCUAAAUAAAAACUGCAGAUAUUACAUAGAGUACCUUUAAGCCUGUAAAUGGUGUGAUGGUUAAAAAAACAAACAAAAAAAAAAACCAAAGACAAAUCUUUUUAUGCUUCGUAUUUCUUUUGCCUAACAGGAAAGAAAUUACACAUAACUCAGCUGAGCUUGCACAGAUCCUGACAUACUGCCACAAUCCCUUAAAGCCACAGUGAGGAAUGAAGUCAUCUUUCACGUUGUUUACAAAUACAAAAAGGGCUAAAUCAGAAUUUGUAUUUCACUGGCUGUUGGUUUACACCUUUUGGCAGACGCUCUUACAAAAAUGUGCAUUACAAAGAACUUGAGGAAUCUUUACCGUCUCAGUCUGAAAGAUCGGAGGCUAAGGCAGGUUUAGAACUGAGCUGGAGGGAUUAGAAAAACAAAAACUACUGCUAGUUCUGAAGCUUUGCACGUGUUCAGACUUGAUAAGACUCUAAGAAUAAGUGCUAACAGAGUUUACUGAGGAUUGUGCUGUUCAUGCGAACAAAAUACCACGUGUUGCCAGUUUUACACCUUUGUCUUAAUGAAUAUUUAAUGAAUUUAUUUAACACACUAUAUAUCGGUGCAAAUAUAUAUAACACACAAUAUAUAUCGGCAUAUUAAAAAACGUUAACACACACACAUAUAUAUAUAUUUAUGUAUGUAUAUAUAUUGUGAAGUGAAUUUAUUUAACACACUCAAUGCGAGUGUUAACGUUUACUAAUAUGCCUAGUCACUUAUAUAUUUAUAAAUGACAAAAUAUUACCGUAAUAAAGUAUAUUCAGUAUUCACCAAGUGUAGAUUUAUUCUAAAUAAUGUGUGGGCAAAUCCUCAUGUGUGUAUCCUUGUAUUUAUAAACUUGAUACACUAGAUGAACUUUCCGCUAAUUAUUGAAAUUGCAUUUUCACUUGCUUUAAAUAAAACCGCUUAGUUUAGUUUUACUGCCGUUGUUUCAAUCAGUCAAUCAUGCGUAUAUAUAUAUAUAUAUAUAUAUAUAUAUAUAUAUCACCACUCAAAAGUUUGGGAUCACUCAAAAAUUGUAUUGUUUUCCAAGGAAACACACACGAAAUUAGUCUGAAUAGAAAACAUAGCAAAAGAACAGGACAGAGUUAGAAAUAAUGAUUUUGAUGGACAUGAUGAAGGUUUUCUUUGCCUUCAUCAAAAAAAAACACCUUUUGUGGCAAUUACAGCCUAGGCAUUGUAGUGGUCAAUUUUUCAAGAUAAUCUGAUGAGAUUUCACCCCAUGCUUCCUGGAGCAUCUCCUACAAGAUGGAUUGGCUUGAUGGAGUCUUCCUCCGUAGCUGAAAUCAAAUAUAUAUAUAAGAAUUUUUUUUUUUUUUUUUUUUU